AUGGUUUCUUCUAGCACUUUUUUCAAUCCUGAUACUGCUCCAUUUUUAAACCCCAAGACUGAUCGUCGUGUGGUGUUAUUAACUGGGGGUAAUUCUGGUAUUGGUUGGUUUACAGCCUUACAAUUAUAUUUACAUGGUUAUGUGGUUUAUAUUGGUGGUAGAACUGAAUCUAAAGUUUUAAAAGCAAUUGAUGAAAUUAAAAUCGAAGCUAAAAAGAGAAUUGAAGAAAAUUAUUCCAAUGAACAGAAAGCUUCAAGACCAGUUGGAGAAUUAUCAUUUUUAUUCAUGGAUCUUUUAGAUUUAAAAACUGUUAAUGAUGCUGCUGAACUUUUCUCCAAGAAGGAAUCAAAAUUACAUAUUUUAAUCAAUAAUGCUGGUCUUAUGGGAGUUCCAUAUGAAAUCACCAAAGAUGGUUAUGAAAUUCAAUAUCAAGUAAAUUUCGUAAGUCAUUUCCUUUUAAUUUUGAAAUUAUUACCAUUAUUAAAAAAUGUUGCCAAACAAGGUAAAAUCGAACCAAGAGUUAUUAAUCUUAGUUCAAUCGGUCAUAAUUUUUCUUAUAGAUAUUUCCAUCCAAGUAAUAAACUCAAUGGUUUCCCUUUUGCUUUAUAUACUUGGUAUAGAUAUGGUAAUGCUAAAAUUUCAGCUAUUUUAGGUGCUAAAGAAUUAGCUAAAAAGGAACCUGAAAUCUUAUCUAUUGCUGUUCAUCCGGGUAUUAUUCUUGGUACUGAAUUAUAUAAUUAUUGGAAAAAUAUGCCAGUGAUUGGUAUUUUUACUAGAGGUCUUUUUAGAGUUGCCGAUGCAACUAUUGGCGUUACAGUUGAACAAGGUAGUUUAGCCACUUUAUAUUCUGCUUUAGAUCCAAGUUUAACUAUUAAAAAUGAUAGUGGUAAAUAUAUUGAAACUGGGGGUAAAGAAGGUACUCCAAAUAGAGUUGCUAAAUCGGAAAAGAAUCAAGAAACAACUUGGGAUUGGAAUGUUGAUGCUUUACAUGAUCGUGGAUUUACUUGGUAA